CGCCGCGCCGCGCUGCAGCCCAACCACUCAGCGCCGUUUCCAGCCGGCGGCGUUUGGCCGCUGCACGGCGGCGGCGGAGGCGGGAGAUCUGCAAAGGCGGCGGGAGCGGCUCCAGGCACCGCAAUGUCAGUUAAGAGAGCAUUAAAGUUGGACACUGUUAAAAAGGAUGAUCCAUCUGAUGCAACACCUUUGAAGACCAAAAAGAAAAACCUGGAGUCUUACUCACCCACGACAGGAACAUGCCAAAUGAGUCCAUUUUCAUCUCCCUCGAGUCAUGAUGCACAGAAUCUCAGAAAUCACCCAUCAGAUGGAGAUGGAGCUGAGCAGGAGUCAGAAGGCAGGGUACCUGGAAGAGGGCAGCCUCGAACAGAAGAGGAAGUGUUCACGGAACUGCAGUCCAAAGUGAAGAGAUCAUUGGUUACAAUCAGGAAAAUAAGAGCAAACCUGACAAGCCUCAAGGCUUUGGAGGGCAGUAGAGAGCUUGAGAAUAUUAUUGGUGUCUCAGACCCGUCUGGCAGCUUGAGUGCUGAAGUGCAGAAAACCCAAGUGCUAAUGAGUCAAGCAGAAGAACUGCAGCUGUUGAAAAGAAACCUUGGAAAACCUCCUGCUCGAGAGUACAUUCAGACCACCAGUACCUCGGCGUUCCUGAAGUCACUGCUUGACGGAGGCGUUAUGUGAAAAAUGCAUUCCACAUCGACCCCGAGUUCUACAUCUGCUUGACAGUACUUAAAAAGGAGAGAAGAAAUGAGCAUAAGCCUCUCUUCCCCCACACACCAGUGAUAAAAUUUCUGGCAUCUAUUUAAACUUGACAACUGCACAAGCAGAUCAGCACAAUGUAAAUAAUACAGCGAGGUGGGUGGAGGCAAGGGUGGGUACAACAGGCUUAUUUGGGAUGGUUGCUGCAUGGAAAAGAAACUGUUUUCUCUGUGUUCUUAUAUAGUUGUGCUGCCCUGGAGCAGGGAAGAUGUUAGAAAAGAAAAAAGGCACCAACCCAGCCCCUCAAUAGGACCUGAGAGAGAAGUGGUGUUAAAAGGUGACCUUUGGCUCUGGGGCACUGCAUUGUAUGCAGCUGCCUCCUGGCAGCAGCCACACACUCCUGGCAGCAGGGCAGCACCCCAAAGCUGGCACAACAGCAGCCCAGGUAGCACAGCUGGGUUUGCAACAGUGCAAAAAAAACUGGCAACUUUUUCUUAAUUAUUUGGGUUGAAAACCUGCAGCAGCUCUCAGGUGUAAGGCUUUACUCCCUGUCUUCUCUUUCUCAUUAUCCUGAAGACCACCUCUCCCCUCUGUGUCUCAGCCCCAGAGUAAGGCACAGCCUCCCUCCUGCUGAAACAGGGUGGUAGAACAGAAGUUAACACCCAGCCCAGCCUGUCCUUUUGACCAGUGCCAAGUACAGCUACUCCAGAUAAAAGGAGUUUUACAACUAAAACCCCAAGCAGCAAGGUGAUGAAUGUGCUGCAGUGGGUGGUUAAAGCUUCACACACUCAGGCUUGGGGAGGUUUUCAUUAAUAAAAAUGCUUUUGCACUGUGCAGUCUGAUUGGA